AGUCAGUUCAGUUUACAAAUUCGGUUUGAUUUGUUUACGUCAAGAUUACGUGUAAAUUACAAUAAAUAAGAAUAAAAUACUAUGUAAAAACAUUCUAAAUACAGGCAUUUGGCAAAAUUCUAACAAACUUAUCUCUCAUAUUAACUGAGUACCUAUUGAAAUAAGCACAAUUAAAGAUUCCAAUAAUAGUUUACUUACACUAUUCUCAAAAAAGUGAAAACUAUCAUGAAAAUUAAUAACAUUUGGAUAUUCCAACACGGUAUGCUAUAAAACAAGGUUUUAUCGGCAACUUAAUCGGCGAAUUUUAUCGUCAACAUAUCACGGAUGGAGGCAAAAUUGAAAGAAUACCGUGCACUUCGUCGCCGCAAGGAGCUGAUUGAAAACGCUAAAGAAAAACUUGAGAAAUCCAAGGAGAAGAUAGUCAAUUUAUUAAUACCUAAAGUGUUGAGGGAUAUGGACAAGGAUAGGAAGGAAGAUGAAGUAGUGUUGAUUGAAAAUGAAGAACAACCAGUGAGCCCAGCAACAAUACCAAUUCAACCCAUUGAAGAAACUGCUGAUGUCACUUCAGAAACCAGUGAUGUAGAAACUGUACCAGAACCUAAUGAAGAAACAUGGCGAUACUUCACUAUAAAAUGGUCUCUAUAUAGUUUAACGUGGUUAACAUUGUACUAUUUCUUCCUCAAGUUACAAUUUGGUGCUGUGUUCUUUGUAAUAUCUGCAUUAGUAGGCAUUUAUUUGAAUACUCGCACACGGCCAAAGAAAAAGGGAGAGGUUUCUGCUUAUAGUGUUUUUAAUGAGAAUUGUGUCAGUAUUGAUGGGACUUUGAAAGCUGAACAGUUUGAAAGAGAGAUAAGGUAUGGCGCCGGAACAGUAAGAGCUCUUUGACUGCUCCCUUAUUCUAAUAUGAAUCUUGUAUAAUAUGAUAAAUUAGGUUUUAAAAAUACUUAUGGCCUAUAGUUAUUUAACAAUGAAGUGGUAAACACUUCAUGUUGUAACAUAACUACUGUUAAUUAUUCAUAAUAAGGCUUUAUGGCAGGUUUUUUUCAAGGCAUUACUUUGUAAUGAAAGUAUUGUAUAUAUAUCUUCAAUAAUAUUGUAUAACACAGUCAAUUAGGAAAUAUUUAUAAACAAAACAAAAACUACAAAACAAUAUUAAACAUUUUGAACUGCAAAAUUGACAGUCUUAAUUUAAAAUUGUACCUACUAGGGACACCCAGGCUUAAUUUAUAUCAUACUCAGUAUUUACUGAGUAUACUGCAAAAUGACUUCAUAUAAUGUAAACAAAAAUAUGAUCUUUUUUUAUAAUGACAAUUCCUGUUAGCUUUCAGUCUAAGUUAUAUUUAGUUUAUUUAUCUUCCAAGAUAGCAUUAUCAUUGAUUUAUAUCAACUUAGAUUUAUUUCACAACAUUUUUUCAUAAUAAAGUCCAACGUGCUUAGUUUUUUCUUCAAUGUGCCAAAGCAAUAUUUAAGAUAAACCUAUGGGUCCUAAGUUUAAUUUGUUUUGCAAUUGCUGGUAGUAAAUGCUCUAUUAUGUUUGAUUUGUCAAAUUUCUUGUUAAGAGGUUUUACCAAACCACACUAACUGGAAAUGGUUCUUAUUUUCAAAUCUAUUUUCUCUUUGCUUCUCUAUGAAGAGAUUUCGCCUUUUGAAGAUGUUGUGCUUAAAUUUAUAUGAAUAUUUUCUUUGUGAGAAAUGGCUUCAACUGAGACUGGAGUAUGUGUAAAGACAAUUUUUAUGUAAAAUGUAAUUAUAAAAUAUUAAGAAAAGAAAAUAAAAGAGUUUUCAUAAAAUCAGAUUUUGUAAUUUUAAUCACAUUUAGAAAUUGACAACAUACAUAUAAAUUUUAUAUACUUAUUAUAUUGCAUGCAACAUAAUUAUAUUUUACUCAUUUAAGAAAAAAAAAAACAACUUUCCUGUACGAAAUAUUUUGCAGU